AUUCCUGCAGCUCUGCUGGGAGGAGUAGGCACCGUGCCUGUGGUUGAAGACCCAGGUUCCCUAACAAACAAACGAGCUGUGGAGGCAAACAACCUUCUGACUCGCUGAGACCGGGUGGCAGGUCAGCCCUGUGAGGCCAUCAGCUGCUGUCCCAGGGUCCUAAUGGCAGCAGAGCCACUGACUGAGCUGGAGGCGGCCAUCGAGACAGUGGUCACCACCUUCUUCACCUUUGCAGGGCGAGAGGGCCGGAAGGGCAGCCUCAGCAUCAAUGAGUUUAAGGAACUGGCCACUCAGCAGUUGCCUCACCUGCUCAGGGAUGUGGGCUCUUUGGAUGACAAGAUGAAGAGCUUGGAUGUGAAUCAGGACUCAGAGCUCAAGUUCAACGAGUACUGGAGGCUGAUUGGGGAGUUGGCCAAGGAAAUCAGGAAAGAGAAGGCCCUGGAGAUCCGGAAGAAGUAAAACUUGCUGGCCAGGAUGCUGGGUGGGGGGUGGGCAGGGUAGGGCAGGACCACACAGAAUCCCAUUACCCCAAAUAAAACCUCCUCCUUAAAACAUGAA